CCAAAAAGAGAAAACUAUUGUUUUUUAUUCAUUCUCCCCCCUCUCUCUCUCUCUCUCUCUCUCUCUCUCUCUUACACUGUGUGUUGACAGGGAAAUAGUUUUCCAUUUUAUGUGGCUGUGGACAAAAGGUCACUGCUCUUAAAGAAACGAUUUGAUUUUUGCGGUUCCCGUCGGCUGAAGCUCAACAACUACCUCCCAAUUAAGCUUCUCUCAUCGUCAUAAUUCGUAACUGGUCAGAACGUGUUGCUUGUAUCGUUUGUGGAGCUAAAAUGCUUUGCUGAUUCGCGAUGGCGAGAGAAUUUUUUACUACUGUAUGCAUUUGGUCUGAUCGUUAUAAAGCUAUAGGCGGAUGAUAAUGGAGAACUCGUCGGAAUCCGGUUGGCAGAGGUCCGGCAGCUCGCGUGGGUUGAACUCUUCAGGAGUUUCGAACAGAAACCCUAGGAUAAUUCCUACAGGAACUUUCAGAUUCUCCGGUGACACGGAUCAUGAUUCCGGAAUCAUACCAGGGAGAAGAAGAAGAGAAAAAACCACUGCUUCCGUCUUGCCUCAAUCUAACCGACUCGGAGCUGGAACUCAGUUCGGUUACUUCAGGGAAGACGACGGAGCUGUUAUCCGGCCAGUCGAAGCGAAGGACGUUAGCUUACGACAGUGGUUAGAUAACACAGAACGAGUCGUCGAUGCUCUCGAAUGCUUGCAUAUAUUUACACAGAUCGUUGAAAUCGUGAACCUCGCACAUUCACAAGGGUUUGUGGUUCAUAAUGUUCGACCUUCCUGCUUUGUCAUGUCGUCGUUUAACCGUGUCUCCUUCAUAGAAUCUGUAUCUUGUUCAGAUUCAGGUUCUGAUUCAUGCGAGGAUGAAUCAAACAACAACAAUCAAACAGCUGAUUUCAUGGGUGGAUUGUGUUCAUCUUCGGGUCCCGAUCGGGAAAACCAAACCUCCUGGUUGCAAUCCGGUUCAGAGAAUCUAAACACCAGUAACGUUGACCAAGCGGAAGAAAAGAAAGACCGUUUCCCGAUGAAACAAAUCCUGCAAAUGGAAAGUAACUGGUACACAAGCCCGGAGGAGGCCGCCGGUGGUCAAAGCUCCGCCGCUUCUGAUGUUUAUCGACUUGGAGUUCUUCUCUUUGAGUUAUAUUGCACAAGUAACUCACCAAAAGAAAAGAACGCCACCAUGUCUAGCUUGAGACACCGUGUCUUUCCUCCUCAAUUAUUACUAAAAUGGCCAAAAGAAGCGUUAUUUUGCUUAUGGUUACUGCAUCCAGAGCCUGCUAGUCGGCCAAAAAUGGAUGAAGUGCUACAAAGUGAAUUUCUUAAUGAACCUAGAGACAAUAUACUCGAACGUGAAGCAGCAAUUGAGCUCAAAGAAAAGAUUGAAGAACAGGAAUUGUUACUGGAAUUUCUUUUAAUGCUGCAACAGAAAAAGCAGGAAUCUGCAGACAAUUUGAGAAGAACUGUUUCUUUUAUAUCUUCUGAUUUACAAGAAGUUACAAAAUUACAGAUGUCCAUUCGUGAAAAAGGAGACUUAACUUCAAACCUUGGAGAUUUCCCAUUUACCAAUGAUGAUUCUGCCAGCUCAGGAUCCAGAAAACGGAUCCGAUCCAUGACCCAAACCCAAACCCAAAUUCCGGAAACAUCCGGUAGUUUCCAAGAUGAACAACCUUCUAGAAGCUCUCGGUUGAUGAGAAACUUCAAGAAACUAGAAUCAGCUUACUUUUUAACAAGACGCAGAGCUUUCAAACAAGUGGGAAGAAAUGCAAAUGCACCAAUGAGUAGUGUUCUUACAGAGAGAAGUUCUGUGAAUAAUUUUGAAGGUAAACAAAGCGGAUGGAUUAAUUCCUUUUUGGAUGGAUUAUCUAAGUAUUUGACUUUUAGGAAGUUAAGAGUCAAAGCAGAUUUAAAACAAGGCGAUUUGUUAAACUCUUCAAACCUCGUAUGCUCUCUUGGAUUCGAUCGCGAUGGUGAAUUCUUCGCGACAGCUGGCGUCAACAAGAAAAUAAAAGUAUUCGAAUACGAUUCGAUUCUAAACGAAAAUCGUGACAUUCAUUACCCUGUUGUUGAAUUGUCGAGUAGAUCCAAAUUAAGCAGUAUUUGUUGGAAUGGCUACAUCAAAUCCCAAAUUGCUUCAAGUAAUUUUGAAGGUGUAGUACAGAUAUGGGAUGUGACGCGGAACCAAGUGUUUAUGGAGUUGAAAGAGCACGAGAAACGUGUGUGGUCGGUUGACUUUUCAACCGCGAAUCCGACAAUGAUAGCGAGCGGGAGUGAUGACGGAUCCGUGAAGCUCUGGAAUAUCAAUCAGGAAGCGAGUGUGGGGACCAUUAAAACGAAGGCAAAUGUUUGUUGUGUUCAGUUUCCAAGUGAUUCUGGGAGUAGUUUAGCAUUUGGUUCAGCUGAUCAUAGGAUUUAUUACUAUGAUUUGAGGAAUCCAAGUAUGCCACUUUUUACAUUAGUUGGACACAACAAAACUGUGAGCUAUGUGAAAUUUUUAGAUUCCAUGACUCUUGUAUCUUCAUCCACUGAUAACACAAUGAAGCUUUGGGAUUUAUCAGAAUGCACUUCUCAACUUCUUGAUUCCCCCAUUCAGUCCUUCACAGGCCAUAUGAACCUAAAGAACUUUGUUGGAUUAUCGGUAUCUGAUGGUUACAUUGCGACUGGUUCAGAAACAAAUGAGGUAUUUGUGUACCAUAAGGCAUUUCCAAUGCCAGCAUUUUCGUACAAAUUCAACACCACAGAUCCAAUAUCAGGAGAUGAAGUGGACGACUCUGAACAAUUCAUUUCAUCUGUGUGUUGGAGAAGUCAGUCUUCCACUUUGGUUGCUGCAAAUUCCAUGGGGAAUAUCAAGCUUUUGGAGAUGCUUUAAAAUUUAAAUUUCUACCUAAAAACAUAUAAUAUAAUAUAAUAUAAAGCAAAUCAAAGGUGUAUAGGGACAGAAAUUUUGAUUUUGAGUAUGCAUGCAUGCACUUACUUUGUGUUGUAAUGUAGAUAAAGAAUUUAGUGGGACAAACAAGAGGAAGGAAAAUGUAUAUUUUUGCAACUUUUGUUUUUACCUUUCAAACUAAGCAUGCACAUUGUUUGCUAUA